AUGGCUGUGUACGAGUUUCUUUGGACUCGCACUCGUGCAAUUCGAAAGGAUAUAACCCAACAGAACAUCUACUCACCGACCAUAAUCAGCAUUGUGGAAAAGGUCACACGAUUUCACAUCUUCUGUGCUGCUCGCCUUGUGGACCAACCGAUGGAUGCUUUUGAUCCGCGCAUCAACUCAGAGAAUCUGACCCAGUGCUUGCAGACUCUGAAACAGCUCUACGAUGAUCUUAAGCCCGACUCGCUUCCACUGCCAGCCGACGCUGUCGAUCCUUGUCCC